GAUUGGCUCCCGUCUCUCGCCCGAGCCAGAGGUUGGAACGCAGGGGCUGUGCAUUUAAAGGCGCUUGCCAGCGCGCUGUGAAACGCUCUUGCUGCCGCUCAGCGCUUCCUCUGCUUGAUCUCGGGAAUCCUGUCGCCUCACCAGCAUGUCACAGGCUGAGUUUGACAAAGCUGCUGAGGACGUCAAAAACCUCAAGACGCGGCCAGCAGAUGAUGAGAUGCUGUUCAUCUACAGCCAUUUCAAACAAGCCACCGUGGGCGACGUAAACACAGAGCGGCCUGGGAUGUUGGACUUCAAAGGCAAGGCCAAGUGGGAUGCGUGGAAUCAGCUCAAAGGGACUUCCAAAGAAAGCGCCAUGAAAGCCUACAUCGACAAAGUAGAGGAGCUGAAGAAGAAGUACGGGAUGUAGAAGAGUGGAUUUGGUUUCCACCAGCACACGGGCCUGAAGUGAGGAAAUGCCUUGUUUUUUCUAAUACUGUAGAUCAUGCAGCUCUUAUCAGUAAGGGCCAGAAUUAAUCACUGACCCACCUCCCUUAGCAGUUUUUACCUGAAAUCAAUUAAAAGUACCUUUAGCACUUUUAAA